UGGAACCGUUACAACGCGUAGAACAAGUUAGCUGCUAUUCAUAAAUAACAAUAAAUUAACAAUGUCCAGGGCUAAAGUGCUGCCGCAAUAUAUAGCCGGCUUGUCGGCUGCCUUUGGUGCCUUCUGCAUGGGCGCCAGCAUGGGCUGGUCCUCUCCGGUGGAGACUAAGCUCACAACAGAUAGGGACUAUAACUUUGACAUAAGUGGCGAUCAGUUCGGUUGGAUUUCCUCGCUGUUGACGCUGGGCGCCACUUUGGUCUGCAUACCAGUGGGAUUUGUUAUUGAUUGGGUUGGCCGUAAGCCUACAAUGUUGGGACUAAUACCACCCUACAUGGUGGGCUGGAUACUGAUGAUCUUUGCCAACAAUGUUAUAAUGCUGUACUUUGGACGCUUCAUAUUGGGCGUGUGUGGUGGCGCCUUUUGUGUUUGCGCUUCCAUGUACUCCACGGAGAUUUCAACGCUCGAGACGCGUGGACUGCUGGGCAGCUUCUUUCAGCUUAACACCGUAUCGGGCAUACUCUAUGGCUACAUUGUGGGCGGCUACUGUCCACUGUUGACCAUCAACAUAUUGUGUGCCAUUUUGCCAAUCAUCUUUGCUGUUGUGCACUUCUUCAUGCCCGAGUCGCCUGUUUAUUUGGCCAUGAAGGGUCGCCAGGAUGAUGCUACCAAGUCGUUGAAGUGGCUGCGUGGUCAGGACUUUGAUGUUACGCCUGAGCUAAACAAAAUACUGCAGGACACCACCAAGAGCGAUGAUGAGCCACAGCAAAACAUUUUCAAGCUGCUGCUGCGUCCCAUAACACUCAAGGGCAUCUCCAUAGCUGUCAUCUUGCAGGCGCUGCAGCAGUGGACGGGCAUUAAUGCCAUUAUGUUCUAUUCCACAUCUAUUUUUGAAGAUGUGGGCGCUGGUCUAAGUGGACGCAUCUGUACUAUUCUUAUAGGCGCCACGCAGGUGAUUAUGACGCUGGUGGCUGCACUCAUUGUGGACAAGGCUGGACGUCGCAUUUUGUUGCUUAUCUCAUCCUUCUUUAUGGCUGUGACCACCACACUAAUGGGCGUCUACUUCCAAAUGAAGGAAAACGAUCCAGCUUCGGUUACAUCCAUUGGCUGGCUGCCCAUUACCAGCAUUCUGGUCUUUAUUGUAUUCUUCUCCAUUGGCUUUGGUCCCGUGCCUUGGCUUAUUAUGGCUGAGGUAUUUACGGAGGAUGUCAAGAGUGUUGCCGGCUCCAUUGCGGGCACCAGCAAUUGGCUUUCGGCCUUUUUGGUUACGCUGCUCUUUCCCAUACUAAAGAACGCCAUUGGCUCGGCGCCAACUUUCUGGAUCUUUGCCGGCAUUGCAGUUGUGGCUUUCGUUUACUGCUUGCUCUGUGUGCCGGAGACGAAGGGCAAGUCAAUCCAUGAAAUACAGCUAAUGCUCUCUGGUGGCAAGAAGAGCGAGGAGCCUAUUGAGGCAGCACCACAAACAAUUUCCUAAGUCUACCUAUGUAUAAUAAAUACUAUAGCUAAUUAAUAACCAUAAGAAAUUUUAAUAUAAUAAACA